AUCCAGUAUCGAAGUCCAUCCGCUCGUGCACAUGUGUGGAUUGUCUCGUAGGUUCUUCACGGAAUUUGUUGCCAUUUAGCUGAUUGAGCUUCUCUUUAUAGGCGCUAUCCGUCUUCACGAGACAAGACGGCCUAUUCGUUCUGGACACCGGUGCAUUCGUAACUAGUCUUAACAGCAACAACGGGCAAACAUGGGCAAAAAGAAGGGAGGCCGAGUCAAAGGCAAGAAAAACGACGCGGGAACAGUCCUCGGCUCUGACGACGAGGCCCUAUACUCCGAUCUGGAGCAGCCGGACGAGAAAUCGAACGACUUCGUCCAAGAUGCCGUCGACAUCUUCCAUUCCAAUCGAGAUCGGGUGCUUCUGGAAGACUCUGAUGACGUCGCCAGCUCCGAUCAGGAAGAGGUCCUUUCCCUGAACGGCGACGAUAGUGACAGCGACAUUGAUGUCGAGGAGUCUGACGACGAGCUCGAUCCGCUCAGCGAUGUGCAUUCGCGAAAGCUUCAAAAAGAUGAAAUGGCAAGCGACAUUGAAGACGAGGAGGACGGUCUUCCCGACGUAAAGGCUUGGGGCAAGAGGAAAUCCACAUAUUACAGCACUGACUUUGUGGAUGAAGAUUAUGAAGGCAUUGCGGGUGACGCCGCAGAAUUGGCUGAACUUGAAGAGCAAGAAGCUCGUGCCCUCCAGAAGCGUCUAGUGGAGCAACUGGACGACGAAGACUUUGGCCUCGAUCUCUUCCAGCUUCCCAAGGAAGAGACAGCUGAGGUGUCCCAGAAAAUUGCGAAGGAUUUGUCCAAGCUUUCUAAACGAGAGAAGCUAAAGAUCCUUUCCAAAGAAGCUUCAGAGUUAUUGGAGCUCAUUGAGGACUUCAAAUCAAAGAUGAUUGAGUUGCGUGACACCAUCAUUCCCCUUGCACAAUUGGCUGAGAGUGACAAGAUCACGUCUGUACCAGCCAUCGAGUACAUCCAUCUCAAGAGACAACUUAUCUUACAGUACUGCACCAAUAUUACAUUCUACAUGAUCCUGAAAGCAAAGCGUGUGUCUGUAGCAAACCACCCAGUUAUCAGAAGACUGGUUUCUUUUAGAAAUCUUUUGAAGCAGCUGGAGCCGGUUGACAAGAAACUGGCAGACGAGAUGAACAUGUUGCUGGAGAAGCUGUCCAGGGGCGAAGACAUUGUGCCUCUGACAACAACUCCUCAGAAGGCUGGAACUAAGCCAAAGCUAAGAGUGACCCAAAAUAUUCAAGAACAGACUGCAGUUAUCUCGAAAGACAAUGCUGAAGAGGUCCAAACCAAGGCUAAAGAGAAAAAACUGAAGACGAAGAGGAAGCUCACAAAGGACGAAGAAACCAUUUUGGAUUUGUAUGCAGCAUCCAGGAAGAAGGUUCGCUUUGAAAACAGUUCCGACAGUGGCGAAGAUGCCGAGAACAGCGAAAGGGAGGAAGGCCUGGGCAACGAGGAAGACGACAACGACGUGGAUGAGAAUCAGGAGGGAGUGGAGGAGGCUGCAGAGGUUGAUGAGAGACGUGGCAUCACCUACCAGAUUGCCAAGAACAAGGGCCUGACCCCCAAGCGCAAGAAGGAGUACCGCAACCCCCGUGUGAGGCACAAGAUGAAGUACAGGAAGGCCAAGAUCAGCAGGAGGGGCCAGGUCCGAGAGGCAAGGACCGAGCUGCAGAAAUACGGAGGAGAGGUGUCUGGUAUCCGUGCCGGUGUCACUCGCAGCAUCAAGAUGAAAUAGACUAGCACCCCCGACGACUACGUUAAGUUGCGUGCAAGAGACCGUAUUAAUGCUAAAAAGAAAUAUAUAUCUAGGUUAUUUUGGUUUUUCUUGAUGGGCACGCUGUGAUAGAGCAGCCUUGUGCUUGUUUAUGCAGGGUUACAGGUUGGACCCAGACAUAAUGUGAUCCUCAACAAAGAACUUCUGCAGAACUAGCACAACAGUUUUGCUGAUAAAAUGAGAAGAAGAAAAAAAAAAGAUUGUUGACCAUCUAGUUUUGUUUUGCAGAAAGUAAGGUUCUGGUGAGACACUUGCAAGGUGCAGUCAGUAAGAAAAUUGAUUUCUCCUUUAUUAUUUUUUUUUCUCUCAAUACUGGGCUUAUUAUAUUUGGGAUUUUAUUGUUACACAAAAAUUGCUGCCGGCUUGUUUGUUUUCUCAGCGAGAGAUUGGAAAGAUGUCUGUUGAUGGAUGUUGUAAUUCUUACAAUUCACAUGAGCACCCUUUUUUGUUUUUGUAAAAUAAAAAAUGCUUGCCUUUUA